AUACCGCGCACCGCCACCCCCGAUUUAUCGCCCGCAUACAACUUCUGUCUGUUGAGCCUCACUGUUCACUGACGGCAUCACGGCACCCACCCAGUCGCAUUUUGCCGGUCGAACACAGUGAACGUGUUAAGUCUACUCUACACCAAAAAAUCUAGAUCUCUGAACAAUGGCCUGCUCAGUCAGUGAUUCCCCCUCCCUCAAGGACCUCCCCAAGGUCGCCACUGAUCUCAAGAGCCAGCUGGAGGCGUUCAACCCCAGCUGCCUACGGGAUGUUGACACUAAUGAAAAAAUUGUGCUACCAUCAGCUGAAGACGUUGCGAAUGAAAAGCGACACACAGCACUCCUCCACGACGUAGAGCAAUUUCAGACUUCCUCUUUAAAGAAAACGGACACCAUAGAAAAAAUAGUCUUACCCAACGCUAUAGAUGUUGCAACUGAAAAAACUCAAAAGUCCCUAUUUGACGGCAUUGAAAAGUUCGAUGCUAGCAUGCUGAAGCACACGGAAACACAAGAAAAGAAUCCGCUUCCGGAUAAAGAUGUUGUCGCUGCGGAGAAGGCCCACCAGAACCUUCUUGAUGGAGUGGAACACUUCGACAAGACACAAAUGAAACAUACAACAACGGAAGAGAAAAAUCCAUUGCCGCCUAUUGAAGCCAUUGAAGCAGAGAAGGAGAAGAACAAGUUCUUGAACGGCAUCGAGAACUUCGACCCGACUAAACUGAAGCACACGGAGACCUGCGAGAAGAACCCCUUGCCCACCAAGGACAUCAUUGAGCAGGAGAAGACGGCCUGAACUGCCAAUAUUUAUCGCAACUAUAUAUCGCUAGUAUCGCCGUAUUUUAGACUCGAUAUAAGUUUUGUAAGGCCAGGUGACAUAGCCCGCGUGUAACAACUCAAUGACACCGGAACGUUCUGGAUUUAUCCGGAUCGUUCCGGUCUUGACCGGAUCGGGACCCGUCAACUGGAAAAUUUAGAACGUAGGAACCAAAUUUUCUAUGUCACUUUUAACUAUAUAUAUCUGAUAAGUGUAUUUUAUGAGCAUUUUUAUUUAAUUUAUAACGAGAUGGAUUAAAUUUUAAGAUUGAGUACUGAUUUUAUUUUAAGUUGGGAACACUGCACUCCGGAAUCGGUUAUUUAUAAUCUGUAAACGCUUCGUGCUUGUGUUCUCUGUAUUUUAUGUAACUGAUAAAUAUUAAGUAUUUACGAGAUUCACGGGUCUGUUUGCUGACUCGAUCAAUAUUUAUUAUGAGUGUAGUUACCAAGACUAUUUGAAUCGGAUUACUUUUUUUUCAAAAUUAUAUUUUUCCUAUUUAUAAUAUAGAAAUAGUCAACGGAUCGAAAAUUAUAGGAUUAAUAUUAAAUGCUCAACUGCGUAUAUUAAAGCUAAGGUUUUUCUAAUUAUUUUGAAAGCAAUUCUGUUAAUCUUAUGAUGAAUGAACAAUAAAUUUUUAUACUCUCGUAUUACAUGAUAACCAUACAAUAAUUUUUUCAAUUUUAUAAUACGCUAACGAUGCCAGUCAAAUUUUUAUCGAAAUUUUGUAUGUUUUACAGACGGUGCUUUUUCUAAAUAUAGAAUAAAAAU